CAAAUCACGAUUUUUCUUGGUUUUUUUGCUGUCCCGUUUUGCAUUUUGUCCGUUCAUAUGCAUUGAUUGAUAAAGAGGACGAGGGCAUCUCCCAUGUACAGCAGUAUAAAGAAUCUGUUUCAUCCUGUUCCUGAUGUUGAAUCUGAAUGAAUGUGUUUCUGUCCUUCUUCCCGUUUUCAGUCGGAAUACUAGCUAGCAACUAACUGAUCAGUUUGUUGAGAGAUUGGCUCUUGACAUUCUCUAAUAAUCGAGAGCAGGGCACUUGGACCAGAGAGAGCGUGUGAAAUACACCUUUUCAUCAGAAGUACUUGACCCAGCAGUCUUUGCAGAAGCUUUGCGUCUCAAGAGAAGCAAAUCGAGUCCUCGCAAGUUCAUCAUUUGAUGUCUCGUGCAUGACGAUCGUCUUCAGACGUGGUAAAUACGAACUUUUUCGAAGGACCACAACAGUUCAUUGCUAUGGAUGCAGCCACUGCUGCUUUUUGUUGCUCUUUCCUUCAAAUUUCUCGGCAAGUUCAUCAGUAGUCGAGACGAGAGGGUUCUUUUGUUCGUCUUGUAGUCGUGUCAUCGGCUCGGUCGAAAUAAAAAUCCUACCUCUUAGGUAGGUUACUCGGCAAGAAUGGCGGACCCGGCUAUCACAGUUCCAGACGACCAGCAUCAGGACCUGACGUUAUUUGUCCAAAAUCUGCUAUGCGGAGGGAUUGCAUUGGUCUAUGGCGGUAUCUGCAUCAAUCCAAACACUUAAUAACUGCAUUCUCGAACAAGUCACACAUGUUUGAUUAGUACUGAAGCUGAACCAUUUUUAUUUUUAUUUUUCUCCUUUGUGCCGCGCCCGGGGGUCUACUCCCCUGUGUCGCGUCCAGCCAAAAUGUGCGGCCAUGGUAUAGUGGGGAGGUCUACGGCCAUGGUGCUACUUGCGAGGUUUUGGUUAUCGCAUGACAACGCACGUACUUACUAGGAUUGCGUUCGUGAUGCGGAGGUGGAAGACCAAAACACCUUUGCCGUCCAUAUGUGCUGAAAGAAAUGCAAACCCGGUUCCAGACAAUGAGCGAUGGCAUCAUCAAUCGCAUCGACGAUAUGGGGGGGCGGUAGGUUUAUUUGUUUUGUCAUUGUGUUGGAGGUUUACGUUUAGGUUUACGUUUACCAGUAGAUAGAUCUCACGAAGAAGAUAAAGAUAUUGCUGGCAGAAUAAUUCAAAUCGUAAUCGCGUACUUGACUGAAUAGAAAUACUUUAUUACUACAACAGCAUCGACGAGCUCGAGCGCAGUAUCAAUACCUAUGGGAAUGAAAAUGAUGUUAUUGGGAACGAAUUUGCAGAGAUUCAGUUUGUUCGCUGCUGGUGACUCGACUAGUUUAUGUGGUCAGUCGCAAGAGCAACUUUUGGAGAAAAAUAAGAAUUGCACCACGCUAGCAACUUCUACCAGCCACCACGUAGCUCCUACAAGCAACAUGCAGCAUGCGUUCACCUUCCCAUCGUCAUCUCUCGUUGUUGCAUAACAAGCUUAUGAGCGAGGCCAUGGUUGAGGAGGAGGCCUCGAAGAACGCCAGUGCCGCAGCGCAAUAGUUAGGAUGAGGAAGUAGGUCGAGACAACGCCGGAUGUGUAUUUUGGUGGCUUGUACUUGUUGUAUGAGCGAGAAGAUGUUCUUCGAUCGGCGAGGACUGACGCAGUUUUCAGAAAGUUUAAGCUCGAUGCACUAGUAUACGUCUCCUCGUCUUCCACACUGAUGCAGAGCGACCCAGUCCAUGGAACUACCUGCCGCUUUUGUUAAGACAACACCAGCAAAACGUCGCUUGAUGGGAGAGUCAACUAAUCAGGCGAGCUCAGACAAGAAGCAACGCGCUCGCAUUUUUUUAUUGUCAAGACGAACAAGAUGUAGAUGAGAAGACGCGCGUGGAGGACUUGUCUUUGUGCUGCUUUGUUGACUGUCACCAGUGCAAAAUGAAGUCGUAAAGAUAUCAGUAGUGAGUUUCUUGAUGUCAUGUCAAAGAAGAAUAUUAGGAAACAACGCUAUUCCCAUAGACAUAAACCAUAAAAACAGAAACACCAAAAGAAGAGCCACACUGUUAGCCCAAGCAUAAUA